AUGCGUAGCAAUCACCUAUACGUUAUCAGUGCGACCACGACGCUGUCGUGCAACGAGCAAGAUGGCAAAAUAGGCUGGCAUCAAGUCCGACGUAUUGGCCUGUACACGAGCAUAUCUGCAUCAGGCUGUAAGUUGGAGGAGAAAAGCUGGUUGAUCCCAUGGAAGAAGGAAGACGUACUUGUAUUGAUGAGAUCGACGGGGAAACGUGAAAUUACGAAUAAGCACUCGUCAGCAGAGACUGCUGUUGCACGCGCAGUCUGGGAGAAAUCUGAAGUAGGCGUUCGGGAGAUCGGAAGACGAAGAAGCCGGGGACAGAAAAUGUGCCAGACCCGCCGUGCUGAGAUCGGUUCCGAGAUGCGGAGAGAAUGA